AUGACGAGUUCAAAGAAACUUUAUGAAUGGAUAAGAGAAAGAAAUUAUCUGUUUCGAGAUGUUCCAGACAUAAAAAAUAAAGGUGAUCGUCAUCUCUGUAAACCUUUUGUAAGUCAAUAUUCAUUCCAUUUGAUCAAAGAAAAGAACGGAAAAAGAAAGGAUUUCUUUGUUUUUGACAAGGCGAAAGCAGAAAAUGAGACGAUAAAACGGAUAUUUCGUGUGCUACUUUGUAAUUUAAUCAUUCCGGUAAAUAAGGAAUUCCGGAGAUAUUGA